UAAACGAGUGCCGACCGACAAAGUUUGUCUGCUCUGGGGCACCGUAGUGGCUCUCCCCGGCCGGGCCGGGGCCCGGUAGAGUUGAGCCGGGUGGCUGGCCCCUGGCUCAGCCUAGGAGACCCAGAUGGCUGCGGUGUUUUUAGUAACACUCUAUGAAUACUCGCCGCUUUUCUACAUCGCGGUGGUCUUUACCUGCUUCAUCGUGACUACUGGCCUGGUACUGGGAUGGUUUGGUUGGGAUGUUCCAGUAAUUCUGAGAAAUUCUGAAGAAACACAGUUCAACACAAGAGUUUUCAAAAAGCAGAUGAGACAAGUCAAGAAUCCUUUUGGCUUAGAGAUCACUAAUCCAUCUUCAGCUUCAAUUACAACCGGCAUAACUCUGACAACAGACUGCCUUGAAGAUAGCCUCCUGACAUGCUACUGGGGGUGCAGUGUUCAAAAAUUCUAUGAAGCUCUGCAGAAGCACUUUCAUUGCUUCCGAAUAAGCACUCCCCAGGCAUUGGAAGAUGCUCUGUAUAGUGAAUAUCUCUACCAGGAACAGUAUUUUAUUAAAAAGGACAGCAAAGAAGAAAUAUAUUGCCAGUUACCCAGAGAUACGAAAAUUGAAGACUUUGGGACCGUGCCCAGAUCACGCUUUCCAUUGGUUGCACUGUUGACCUUAGCUGAUGAGGAUGAUCGAGAAAUUUAUGAUAUUAUUUCCAUGAUAUUAGUGAUUCAUAUUCCUGAUAAGACUUACAAACUCUCCUGCAGAAUAUUAUACCAAUAUUUGCUCCUGGCUCAAGGUCAAUUUCAUAAUCUUAAGCAACUCUUCAUGUCUGCAAAUAAUAAUUCCAUUCCUGCCAGCACUUCCUCUUCAGAAGCAAAAAGCACAGAACAAAGUUUGUUGGAAAGGGCUGGACUAUCUGAAAGCGAAGUGGAACCUCCAGAGGAGAAUAGCAAGGACUGUGUCGUCUGUCAGAAUGGGCCUGUGAACUGGGUGCUCUUGCCGUGCAGACAUACGUGCUUAUGUGAUGGUUGUGUGAAGUACUUCCGGCAGUGCCCAAUGUGCAGGCAGUUUGUUCAGGAAUCAUUUGCACUCUGCAAUAAAAAGGAACAAGAUAAGACAAACUGAAAUGCUCCUUGAGGAUGUUACAACUAAAAAGUAUACCUUCUACUGAGGAUACAGAGAUUUGUGUUCUUGGAUUUAUCAUGGCAUGGAAUCUGUCAUAUUGACUGUCAGUGAAAUUUCCAUUUUAAUGUUUUAUUUGUAUAGUACUUGGGUGAUGAAAAUUAAUUCUCACACUGGAAUACCACCUGUAUUAAUACAUAUAAAAUUAAUGCAAAUCUUUAGAAGAACGUAAACAUUUCACCUUUUAUCAGCUAGAGGACUUCAUUUAAUAUUGAUUUAGAAAAUUCUGAAAAGCAAUUUACCUAAAAUUUAAAGAGGUAAAAAUUAUAAGUUAUCUGAAUGUUUUUCUUUAGGUAUAAUCUGGUCUAAUUAGAGGAGGAAAAUGGAAUUUGUCUUUAAGUAAUUGGAUGUUUCCCAGUUUAUAAACGAGUUGGAAAGGGAUUCUAACUUAAAUCCUUCCCUGAUAUAUCAGUCUUAUAAAUAUUCUCUGCUUGGCUUCUAAUUUUCUGUAUAAUUAUAGUAUUAAGACAUAAGCAUAAGUCUUAUUUUUUUUUAAAAAGCUUAAGUUAUAAAAAACAAAGUCCAAUUCUAGAUUUUCCCAGUGUCAUAGGUUAAAAUGGUACUCAUGUCUAGGAGGCAGUUAAUCACAAAGUAGAUAAUAAAAAUGUUUUUGAUAAUUAAAUUUAUUGUCAAAUAUGGGUAGAUUAGUAGAAUGUUAUCUGCCAGGGAAAAAUAUGUUGAGACUCAAUGUCUUUCCUUAGAUUCGCUCCUUUACAUUGAAUUAAUCCAAAAUUGGGAGGGUGGGGGAGAUUUGUCAGAAAAAUCAGUAGAUGAAAUAUGUGGCCAGGGAUGUGACUCAGUGGUAGGGCACAUGCCUUGUUUUCUGGGUUCAGUCCCUGAAACUGUGAAAAAACAAAAACUAUUUAUUUCUAGUGUGUUUUUAAAUCAAAUAAAUCCCAUAUCUUUCCGACUCAUAAGUCACUAUUUAUCUUAAUUAUAUCCUCAUAAGAGCUAAGGAUUCUGGUAGGCAAAAAUAACCCCCCAUUCUUUCCAACAUGGCUAAGAAGAAAAAGGUAAAUCAUAGUUUCCUUUAUAGAUAACUCACCAAGAAAUUAGAUCAUGGCAAUUAAACCCUUUAUCUCCUGUUUGUAUUAAGAAUAAUGCCUUAUCUUUGUAUUAGUAUUUUUACAUAGUAUAGUUUCAUCCACAUCAGACACUAUACUCUCAAAAAGCCAUUACCUACCUCUAUUUAUUUUAUUUUUGGAUUUUUGGGGCCACAAUUGGCAGUGCUUAAAACUUACUCCUGGCUCUGUGCUCAGGGAUCUCUCCAGGUGGGGCUCAGGAGACCGUAUGUGGUGCUGGAAAUAGAACCAGGGUUGGCUGCAUGUAAGACAAGCACCUUACCUGCUAUAUUAUCUCUCCAGGCCCCUGUUCUUCAUUUUGUAAACCUAAUUUUCAUCCAUGCUCAAUAAUAGCAAUGUAAUAAAGACCUUCUAGAAUCCAGAUACCUUGUGAGAGUCUCAGUGAGCAAAAUCUUACCUCUAGUAUGAGAUGAACUUUAAUGGCUUAUUAGCAGCCUGUUUCUACCUCAGGAAUCCCUAAGACUCCUCAGGUCCAACCCUGCCCUGGAAGUGGAAUGGUUAAAAGCUCCCACACAGUCCCACAAACAUGGCUGGGGAAACGCUCCAAGCAUUGUCUGUUGUGGCUCCCAUACUAAAACAAAAUCAAAAUCAAACUAGUUCCUGCUGUAGCUGCCUAACAGUGUGUAACAGUUCACCUUGGAAACUCACUUUGUGGUCUGAGUUGUGUAAAUACUUGGACGUCACUUUGUCCAUCCCAGCCUUCCUUUCACUGCCUAUGUUGUUUUCUCAUCUGAGAUAGAUUCCACGGGUAAUAUCAUUCAGUUAAAAAAAACUUUAUAAUUAUAUAUGUACAUACAUAUACAUGCAUAUGAAUAACAAAAAAGUAGCAUUUUAACCGUUUGAAAAAUAGGAUGCUAUCUAAUUAGUGCAUUGAGGGCCGAAGGCCAUCUCCAGAUAGUACUUGUCCAACCAGGCCUGAUGGGCCAAUCAUUUCUCAGACCUAGCGAUGCUAAUGGAUCAGUAGGUAAAACAUUUGAUCAUAUAAAUUAGUUGUGCUUUAUAUAAAUCUUAGCUGGGAUUACAUUUAACAGAAAUGGGGGGCACCAGGCCAUCUCGAUAGUGCUUGAGAGCCACCAGUAACACAUCUGCUGAAGUAUGGGCUGGAAAGCUAUGUGGUACCAAGAAUCAAAUUAGGGUUUGUGCAUAUAAGGCAUGUGUCCUUGACUGUACAUCUCCCUGUCCCCAUCUUAAGUAUUCGUAAACUAUAAUUCAGUGGCAUUAUUGUAUGUCCACAUUGUAGUAAUCAUCACCUUUAUCUAUCUGUAAAAGUUUUCUUUUUUUUUUAAUUUUUAAAAUUUUAUUGAACCACUGUGAGAUAGUUACAAGCUUUCAUGUUUGGGUUACAAUCUCACAAUGAUCAAACACCCAUCCCUCCACCAGUGCACAUUCCCUACCACCAAUAUCUCGGGUACACCCCCCCUUUCCCACCUUCCCCCUGCCUCUAUGGCAGACAAUAUUUGCCAUACUUUCUACUUUUGGGCAUUAUGGCUUGCAACACAGACACUGAGAGGUCAUCAUGUUUGGUUCGUUAUCUACUUUUGGCAUCUGCAAAAGUUUUUCCAAACUUAAACUUCAUACCAUAGUAAGUAAUAAAAGUAAUUCUCUAUUCUCCCACCUUUUAAUCCCUGGUGAACACUAUUCUACUUUCUAUCUUGUGAAUCUGAUGGGUAUUUCAAUUGGGUAGAAUGAUAUUUGUCCUUUUGUGUCUGGCUUCUUUUUCAGAAUGUUUUGAAUCCUCAUCCAGGUUGGAGCUUGUAUCGGAAUCUUCUUUUCAAGAUUGAAUACUGUUUCAUUGUGUGUAUGCCUAUAUCUGCACAUAUUUUGUUUAUUCAUUCACCUUUCACUUUUCACACCUCUUAAGGGUGAAUUGCAGUUAGUCCCCCACACCUCAGCUGACUCCAUCAUCUGUCAGAGCCUUUGUUGCAGCUGAAACAAAAAAUUUUGUUUUCCUGACCUUGGUGGUGAUAUGAGGAAUUUGGUAGGUUAAUCAAGUAAAAAAGAAGCCUACUAGGAGGCUAAUGUCAGAAUUUUCCAAUGACAGUGAAUAAAUGACAUUUUGUGAAAACAGUUAUAAAAGCAUUGUAUUUAAUGGAUUAGUAGGUAAAACAUUUGAUCAUAUAAAUUAGUUGUGCUUUAUAUAAAUCUUAGCCGGGAUUACAUUUAACAGACUUAAUAAG